AUGGGGACAGGGGAGUGGAGAGAGAGAUGGCUGGAGCCGAACCUGGGGAAAAGGCUGGGACCGAGCCUGGGUCGAGGCCUGCAGAGAGAGUUUGGAAGCUGGCUGUUCACCCUGCCUUUACUGCUCCUUCUCCUCCUCCCCCCGGUGUUCCCCCAGUGCCCUGACAGCUGCCACUGUGUGUGGGAGAGCAGCAUGGUGCUGUGUACGGACGCUGGGCUCCAUGAGUUCCCCCAGGGCCUUCCUCUGGACACCAUCAUACUACACCUGGAGAGAAACUACAUCCACUCGCUCCCUGAGGGAGCCUUCAGGGAGCUGACCCACCUGAGGGAGCUGUAUCUCUCCCACAACCACAUCAACACCCUCUCCUCCGGGGCCCUGCGACACCUGAGCUCAGAGCUCCGUCUCCUGGACCUCUCCCACAAUCUGUUACGCCAGGCCAGCCGGGACGAGUUUGGUUCCACGCGGGCCAAGACGCGCCUCUACAACAACCCAUGGCACUGCGACUGUACCCUGCAGGAGCUGAUGGAGACGUUAAAUCUAGAGCCGGAGACUGUCAACGGGAUCAUGUGUGAGAGCUCUGUGAGGAGCUCCGGGGAGGGGAGUCGCUGGGAGGAUCCAGGAGGGGCUUCAGAGCACUCCGGUCAACCCCUGGUUAAGCUGCUUAACUCUGGGGUAAACUUCUGUAGUCUCCAGAGGAAGACAACGGAUGUAGCCAUGCUGGUGACCAUGUUCGUGUGGUUCUUCAUGGUCAUUAUUUAUGUGGUCUACUACGUGAGACAGAACCAGGCUGAGACCAGAAGACAUCUGGAGUAUCUGAAGAGUUUGCCCAGUCCGAGGAAAACACUCACGGAGACAGACACGAUAAGCACUGGUCUCUGAACUAUUUAUUUAUUGCCCUCGUUUAACAAGGUAAGUUAUUGAGAAGACAUUAUUUUUAACAAAAACAACCAGACCAAGAGAAGACCCAAGAGAAGGCCUAAGAAAAGGCCCAAGAUGAGGCCUAAGAGAAGGCCUAAGAGAAGGCACAAGAGAAGGCCUAAGAGAAGGCCUAAGAGAAAGCUCAACAUAAGGCCUAUGAGAAGGCCUAACAGACUGCCUAAGAGAAGACCGAAGAGACUGCCCAAGAGAAGACCCAAGAGAUGGCCCAAGAGAAGGCCCAACAGAAGGCCCAAGAUAAGGCCUAAGAGAAGGCCCAAGAGAAGUCCUAAGAUACUGCUCAAGAGAAGA